GUCAUGGACUGUCCUGACCAUUAUCGGGUCAUAUGCGCACAAAUCCAGCUGACCGGUGAUGCCCGACUCUGGUGGAAUGCACAUUGGAGUAUGCGUCCCGGCGAGAAAGAAGGUUGUACAUGGGACCAAUUCAAGGAGUUGAUCCGCGGGAAGUACUAUCCUUCGUACUACCGAGCAGAUAUGGAGCGCCCGGUCCUGGCACUCAGACAGGGUAUUCGUUCUGUCGACAAGUACGAAAGAGAGUUUACUCGACUCGGAUCCUUUGUACCCGAUCUUGUGAGUACAGAGGAGAAGAGAGCUCUUCGUUUUACCGACGGACUUCUCCUAGCA